UGACUGCGUGACUGAGUAGCCCCAGGAGGCCGGAAGUAGUAGCUGGCGCUCCUGCUGAGCCGUUAAACGGCCGAGUGUGUCUCCAGCGCGCUCUGCUUCUCGUGCCUCGCGGCCGUUGUUUCUCUUGGCUCCUUCCCCCCCCUUCGUGUCCAUGGCCGAGUUCGAUCUCUUCGGCGCCCCUCAGCCGGCGGCGGGAAACGGGGCGCUGGGCGGCGGCGAGGAGGAUCCGGCCGCCGCCUUCCUGGCCCAGCAGGAGAACGAGAUCGCGGGCAUCGAGAACGACGUGGGCUACAGCAUCCUCGAGAACGGCGAGGUGCCGACGGGGAUGCAAGGCCAGGAGGGACUGCUCGCUGAUUCGAUUGAAGGAGUGACGAAUGGUGAUCUCUACCAGGAGAGCAAUGGCCCCACAGACUGCUAUGCUGCUAUUUCACAAGCUGAUCGUCUGCAGACAGAGCCAGAGAGCAUCCGCAAAUGGAGAGAAGAGCAACGGGAGCGCCUAGAAGUACUUGAUGCGAACUCUCGAAAGCAAGAAGCAGAAUGGAAAGAAAAGGCAAUAAAAGAGUUGGAAGAAUGGUAUGCAAGGCAAGAUGAACAGCUACAGAAAACAAAAGCUAACAAUAGGGCAGCUGAAGAAGCCUUUGUGAAUGAUGUUGAUGAAUCAUCCCCAGGCACAGAGUGGGAACGUGUGGCUCGGCUUUGUGACUUUAAUCCCAAGUCGAGUAAGCAGGCAAAGGACGUGUCCCGCAUGCGCUCCGUGCUGAUUUCCCUCAAGCAGUCUCCGCUGGUUCGCUGAAGAGAGAACACACCCAACACUACAAAUGCAAUAUCUUUAACUUUACUCAGAGAAACUGUGUUUGCAGUAAUUGAAUUAAUUAUGUUUAAAUGUUUUUGUUUUUGGACCAAACCUCAUGGUGUAUUUAGUUUGAUCAUUGUUUUGUGAUUGCAUGUUUUUCCCUCAUCUGUGUCCUUCCGGUGUCCGAACUGGGAGGAAUCUUCCAUCGUCUCCGUGCUCUCGUGCAUUGAGAUUUCACUUUCAAUUGUACUGAUAUUAAAGGUCUGUUUAAACAGCA